UCUCAUCUCCUCCUCCCCCCUGCUUCACGGGUACCACAAGGUGAUUAACUUUGCUACAUAAUUUGUUCCGUGCCAUGGUGUUCUGCUUCACCAAAGGCCCCAGGUGACAGGGUGACAUGAGCAUGUACAGUCAUCUCUAUAAAACAGAAUGAAGUCCUUCUCAUGUUCUUGCAAGACCACGGCUGGAAUUACUCUCUUCCUAUCAUUUUCCCACUCUAUCUAAUUCCAGGGGCAGAGUAACUGACCUGGGUCUGGAAGGAAGGCAAGCCCAAGGUGCUCCAAGAAGCCCGAAUGGCAGCUCUGUUAAGCACAUAAUUAAGUAAACAUGAAAUAUCUGAGGAUCCAACAACUUUAUGUGAAGGAAUAUACAUAUCUGGUCUCCCUUCUCAUAGCAUCCAUUUUCCCAAGGUGACAUAGAUGUCUGAUGAGGAGAGGUGUCCUGUGCACUUAGUGGAUAUUAUUCAGCCUUUAAAAAAGGGGGGUUAUUCGGAGGCAUGCUGGAACAUAGAAGAAACAAAAAUAAGGAAGGUACUAAGUAAAAUAAGCCUAUAAGAAAAAAAGAAUAAAUAAUGUCUGGCUUCACUUACAAAUGGUGCCUAAAACCAUCGUACUCUGAGACAGCAGAUACCAGAGGGUGCAAAGGGCAAAGUGGAGAGGCAGUGUUUGUUGAUGGGCACUGAGCUUCGGUUUGUGACGAUGGAUGAGGAAAAAGUUCUGGAAGUGGAGAGAACUGAACAAACACAGGGAUGUCCUUAACACCGCAGAAUCACUGCCUGACAAAGGCAAGUUUAAUUUGUAUUUUACUACAAUUAAAAACAAAAAGGUGUUCUUCCGUGUUAACUGAUGUAACGUUCAAUGCCACCAGCACCCAGUAGAGGGGAAGCGCUGAGUCAAACUGUUCCCACAGCCACUUCUGACUUUGUCAAGAAGUCAUCCACCUACCUGCACCUCUAUAGAGAUCCGGAGGCUUCAAGCUGGCUAAGAUCUGCUGAGACACUGCAGAAAAAGAAAUCUUUCCAAAAGAGCCAGUACAGAGGAGAACUCACAGACCUAGCGUCCCGAAGACGAACAAUUAGUGAGCACGGAGCUAUUGGUCUGAGCAGUUACCUUUCAGGAGCUUCAGGCUUUGGGGGAUUUGGGUUUUUUGUUUUGUCUUCCUUUCCUUUCCUUUCCUUCCUUCCUUCCUUCCUUCCUUCCUUCCUUCCUUCCUUCCUUCCUUCACUCAUUUCGUUGCAGACUGCAUCAGGCCAGCUCUUCUACCCACUGUGGAUGAUCCUAGGAGUCACGGAGGAAACAAGAGGUAGACACAAUGAGACUCAUCAGCAGCAUCUAUACCCUUUAUAACAUCAUUAUGUCAACAGAAGCCUGGGCUCCAAGACCCACAGAUGAAAGGGAACUGAUCUCCAACUACUCCAACAUGGCUUUAAGGAAGGUUCCCCCAGAUGUGACCCCAGCCACAACCAUACUGGAUUUAUCCUACAACCUCCUCUAUCAAUUCCAGAGCUCAGAUUGCCACUCCUUCUCCAAACUGCGUUUUCUGAUCCUGUGCCAUAACAGCAUCCAACAGCUGGACACCAAGAUCUUUGACCUUAACAAGGAGCUAAGCUAUUUAGACUUGUCUUACAAUAGACUACAGUCCAUCACUUGGUCUUCCUUGGUAGAUCUCAGACAUUUAGAUCUUUCUUUUAACGACUUCGAUACUCUGCCUGCCUGUGAGGAGAUUGGCAACAUGCGACAUCUGGAAACCUUAGGUUUGAGUGGGGCCAAAAUCCAAAGAUCAGAUCUCCAGAAAAUUGCUAAUUUGCAAUUCAGCACUGUGUUCAUAGGGCUGAAUACUCUUUCUCACUAUGAAGAAGGCAGCCUGCCUGUCCUAAACACGACAGUGCUUCACAUAGUUUUACCAAUGGCUGCUAACUUCUGGGUGCUUCUGUGUGAUGGAAUGAAGACUUCAAAGGUAGUCGAAAUGUCAAACAUAGGUGGCAAGAGCCAGUUUGUAAGUUAUGAGACUCCGAGAACUCUUUCUGUGGAGAAUACCAAGGCGUCCACUCUUAUAUUCCAUAAAGUUGACCUGCUCUGGGAUGACCUUCUCCACGUUUUUCAGUUUGUGUGGCGGACUUCAGUGGAAUGCUUCCAGAUUCAGGACCUGACUUUUGGAGGGAUGGCUAGUCGGGACCACAGUUCAUUUGACUACUCAAAUACCGUAAUGAAAGCUGUAAUCUUGGAGAGCAUACAUUUCAGAAUCUUUUUCAUUCCCCAGAAUAAAAUCUACUUGUUUUUCACCCAAAUGGAUUUAGAAAACCUGACGAUAUCAGACGCACAAAUGCCACAUCUUCUCUUCCCUAGUCACCCCCAAAGUUUCCAACAUUUAAAUUUUGCCAAUAACAUCUUAACAGAUGACCUGUUUAAAAACCCCAUCCAGAUGCCUUAUCUGAAAACUCUCGUUUUGAGGGGCAACCAACUGGAGACUCUUUCUCUAGUGAGUCUCUUUGCCAACCACACGUCCUUGCUUCACCUGGAUCUGAGCCAGAACCUAUUGCAACAUGGAAACGGGGAGAAAUGCAUGUGGCCCGACACCUUGAUCCUCUUGAACUUGUCAUCCAAUAAAUUUGAUGGUUCUGUUUUCAGAUGUUUGCCUAAAAGUAUCCAGACACUUGAUCUGAACAAUAACAAAAUUCGAGCAGUCCCUAAAGAGAUUAUAUACCUAAAAUCUUUACGAGAGCUAAGUAUUGCUUUUAAUUUUCUGACUGACCUCCCUGGGUGUGAUCACUUCAAACAGCUCUCUAGUCUGAACAUUGAAAUGAAUUUGAUUCUCAGCCCAUCUCUGGAUUUUUUCCAGAGCUGCCAGGAGGUAAAGACUCUAAACGCAGGGCGAAAUCCAUUCCGGUGUAUCUGUGAAUUUAGAGACUUCAUUUGGCUUGAGAAACAUUCCAAGGGCCUGAUGUCUGGAUGGCCAGACUCCUACGCCUGCGAAUACCCUUUGAGUCUAAAGGGGACUCCAUUAAAAGAUGUUUAUCUUCCCGAAUUAGCUUGCAACACAACUUUGCUGAUUGUCACCAUUGUGCUGGUUAUCCUGGUUCUGGGUUUGGUUGUAGCAUUCUGCAUUCUAAAAUUUGACAUGCUUUGGUAUCUCAGGGUGCUGGCCCAGUGCAUCCGGACACAGCAUAGGAUUAGGAAGACAGUUCGAGAGGAGCGUAAGAGAAGUAUACAGUUCCAUGCAUUUAUCUCCUACGCUGCACAUGAUUCUGUCUGGGUGAAGAAUGAACUGAUUCCCAAUCUGGAGACAGAAGAUGGCUCUGUCUUGCUUUGUCUUCCCGAGAGGAACUUUGACCCUGACAGGAGCAUUGCUGAAAAUAUUAUAAGCUGCACUGAGAAAAGCUAUAAGUCCAUCUUUGUGCUGUCCCCCAACUUUGUGCAGAAUGGGUGGUGCCAUAAUGAACUCUAUCUGGCCCACCACAAUCCUUUCCGUGACAAUUAUGAUUACAUCAUUCCCAUCUUACUAGAACCCAUUCCCUCCUACUGUGUUCCUACCAAGUUCCCUAAGCUGAAAGCUCUUUUGGAAAAGAAAGUAUACUUAGAGUGGCCCAAGGACAGGCGCAAACAUGGGCUUUUUUGGGCAAACCUUCGAGCUGCCAUUAACGUAAAUUUAUCAGACACAAGGGGAAGGUGUGAACUACAGACAUUCACAAAGCCUAACGCGGAUUGCCAAGGUUCUACCAUCUCUCUGGUAAGAACAGACAGCUUCUAAAAUCCACCCUGCCUAGUGAAAUUGGGGCCCACACUCACUGCUGAAAGAGAAAUGCACAUAACCUUUAAGAUGUUGAUUUUGUUAUAUCUAUUAAAAUAAAAUGGUUAUUCCCUUUGUGUCAAUCCCUUGAAAGCUUUCUUUCUUUUUUUUUUAUUAUUAACUUGAGUAUUUCUUAUAUACAUUUCGAGUGUUAUUCCCUUUCCCGGUUUCCGGGCAAACAUCCCCCUCCCCCCUCCCCUUCCUUAUGGGUGUUCCCCUCCCAACCCUCCCCCCAUUGCCGCCCUCCCCCCAACAAUCUAGUUCACUGGGGGUUCAGUCUUAGCAUUCACAUUUUGAUCAUCCGUCUUGAGUUUCAUGUGUUCUAUGCAUUUAGGGUAAUUCAAGCAUUUGGGCUAAUAGCCACUUAUCAAUGAGUGCAUACCAUGUGUGUUUUUCUGUGAUUGGGUUACCUCACUCAGGAUGAUAUCCUUGAAAGCUUUCUUAAACUCUGUCCUCAGAAACAAGUUUGUAAAGGUUUAUGAGAAUAGGUUCCCAGCCUUGUUCAUAAUCAUGAACUUAAACAUAUCCUGCAUAUCUGCAGAAGAAGAAUCAAUGCAGCACCUUACAAUAUAUCUACCAACAGAAGGAUGCAUAGCUGUUAAAAAGAAUGGCAUGGAGACACAUUAUAUUAAUAUGUUAGUUUAUACAUUGAAAUCAAAGACUGCAUCAGCAUGCUGUAUAGCAAUUGUGGUUGGGGUUUGUUUGAUCUCAAAGAACAUUUGUUUUCUAUACUGUGUGUUUCUAUGAUCUUUGAAAGGCUUAGGAUGAAUCUGUAUCUGUUUUUUUUCUUAAAUAAACAAGAAUACACACAUACCAAAAAGAAAAUAAACCAAACAGAGGACAAUUUCUGAAACCU